AUGCCCCCGCAAUCCGUCCGCGUCCUCACCAACUCGUUCGUGAUCAAAAGCCUCCCAAAGCUCUCGUAUAUCCAGUAUGAAGGUGAGUUCGAUGUCGUUCUUGCGAGCGUUAUCACUGACAUGCUUUGUUUAGUUUCAUUCGGUCCUGGGGACAUCAAGGCAGCACCCAAACGACAAAGACUUGUCCAUAAUAUGCAAAUAGCUUUUCCCGCAAUUUUCACGUCCCGGGCUUUAUACGACGGUGGGGCACUUCUGUAUACUCCGGUCGAACUCACAACAACCGUGUUUCGGGUUCAUGGCUCCAACCAGUCGGCCCCUCCCGACGCGUAUGGUUGGUACGAAGUUCGACUCACCCGAACCUCAGGACAAGUUAUCAAUUCGCAGUCUUUCACAUCCAUAUUCGCUUCGAGCAAGACAACUUCCGAGUCGGCUUCAGCAGCCAAUCUACUCCAAUUGAUGCUUUGCCAAACCCAAAACCAAGAUCAGCCCGGCAACAAAAAGGCGUAUUUCUUCGAACAAGGCAAGAUGCGCAUCCCCAAAAUGCCAAUAGAGCUUUGGCAUGGUUUUCAUCAAGCUGUCCGGCCCAGUCCAGGAAGACUCCUCGUCACUGUCGACACGACGGUGGCUGCAAUGUACAUGAGUGGUUCGCUUAUGGAUGCAGCUCUAGCUGUGCUUGGGGCAAAUGAUGUCCGCCGUCUAGGACCAGACAACCAAAAACAUCCUGACUUCAUCACACUCCAGAAAUUUUUCAAGAAGAAGCAAAUUUAUGUCAAAAAUUUAGGGAAACGGGUCAAGACCAUAUACGCAUUAAUGCCUGGUCCCGUUGGCCCCUUCGAAUUUCAGAGCAAGGGAAAUGGACCGAUGACCACCAUUGCGGAGCAUUAUAAGGCGGCGCACAACAUCAGACUGCAAUACCCCAAUACUGUUGGAGUUGUAACGUCCGGAAAGAGUGCUCCGUUCCCAGUCGUUAUCCCGAUGGAGCUUUGCGAAAUAGUACCUGGCCAACCCUACAAGAAAAAGCUUCCGCCAGAUGCUGGUGCAACGGUCAUCAGUUUCUCCGUUCUCAAGCCGGAAGAACGUCUCGCGAAAAUCACUGGCGGCACCCACGGUGUCGCUUCGCCCGUUCAGACGUAUGGCACAUCCGAGUUUAUGGCUGAAGCUGGUGUUGAGGUCAGCACUGUGCCCAUGACAGUCAUGGGUUCGCUGCUUGAAGUUCCGCCACUGAUUUACAACAACAAAAAACUAGUGGCACGUUCUCUCUAUCGUAUCACAGUCGAGAAUUGCUUAUAUUCGAAUAACCAGAAUCCUCGCGAUGGCUCUUGGAACGUUCUCGGGUCGCAAUUUAACUCACCUGCAAACAUCCAGAAAUGGGGCCUCGUUAACUUGAUUCCUGGCCUCCCGUAUCCUCGAGUUCAGUCCAUCAUGAAGCAGCUUGCCGAUUGCUGCGAGAAUCUUGGCAUGAAGGUCACUCCUCCCCCAGACGGCGCCAUAGUUCAAGGCAAUCCCGGCUCAGUCCGCAGCUCGCUUGAAAAUGUUUGUCGCGUUCUGGACAAACCUGAUAUAAUUCUAGUCCUGUUGCCCGCAAAUGCAGAAGAUCUCCGAGCUGAGGUCAAACACACCGGUGACAUCGUUCUUGGUGUCCGAACACAGUGUUUGCGCCAGUCUAAAUUACCUCAAGAGGGUCCCCGUGCUUCUCAAUACUAUAACAACGUGGCGCUCAAGGUCAACGCGCGAAUGGGAGGCCGGAACGCUCUGGUCAAAUCUGCCGCCCUUCUAGAAGUUUCGCAAGCGCCUUUCAUGAUAUUCGGCGCCGAUGUUGCGCAUCCUGGACCCGGGCAAGCCCGCCCGUCGGUUGUCAGCCUUGUGUGGUCCAUGGAUCAGUAUGGUGCAACCUAUUCGUCAACCACGCGUCUUCAGCCGCCUCGCACGGAGAUCAUUGUCGACCUCAAGGCCAUGUUCAAGCAGGCCAUCGUCAUGUUCGGUAACAAGUUUAGAAGAACCCCUGCUCGUGUCUUUUUCUUUAGAGAUGGCGUCUCGGAGGGCGAGUUUACCACUGUCAGCACAGAAGAAAUAGUUGCUAUCAAGGCUGCGAUUGACGAAGUUUGGACCGAGCGUAAAGUUCCUGCGGUCAAGCCCACGCUCACCUUCCUGGUUGUUGGUAAACGCCACCAUGUGUCGUUUUUCCCGUCUCCUCAAGACCGUGCGGUCGGCGAUAGGACAGGAAAUUGCCGCGCCGGUCUUGCUGUCGACAACGACCUCCGCAACCCUCAGUUCAAGGACUUCUACUUGCAGUCUCACGCGGCGAUUAAAGGCACGUCGCGCUCCGCUCACUAUACGAUCCUAUUGGACGAGAACUUCAACGAAAACCUCACCAAGUUGCAAGAGCUUUCAUUCGCUCUGUGCCAUAUCUAUGCGAAGGCCACUCGAUCAGUCUCCAUCCCAGCGCCAGUCUAUUAUGCAGAUCUGGCGUGUGCCCGCGGUAAGUUCCACAUCCAGCCCGGUUCGGAUGUCGAAAUCGAUGGGUCCACAACAACCGGUGGUUCAAACAAGGAGUUGGAUUUGGACAAGUGGCAGAAAGUUUUCAAAGACGUCCACCCGAACAUGCUUAUGAACAUGCCUUUCUUGUAG